GGUGAGCCGCCGUUGCGCCGGGGGCCCCACCAGAGACGUCCACGGCCAUCCCGACGCCUCGAGGUGUCUGUGCGACGGAGUCAGCUGCACGUGUAGCAAGUGGUGACGCCUUCACGGGGAAUCCAGACGGCGCCGACCGAGUAACUCGUAUGGACGUCGACCUAUGUGUCAGGGCAAGGCGCAAACUGGUCCAGCGCGCAACCCUUGCUCGCCGGGGCCAGGGGCCAGCUGUGGCCCUGGUCAGCGGCUGCAGGGAUUUGGGAGAGCAGGCCUCGCCACGCCACGCCACGCAGCGCCAGCUGCGGCUCUGCAGCUGCGGCCGCGCCGCGCCUCCACCGUCCGUUGCCGCGUCUUCCGCCGCCGUUUGCCCACCGUCUUCUCAGCGACGCACUGCAAGUUGCUGCUGCCUCCUGGGUGACGGCUGUAGAUGGACGUACGCAAACCGGUACUUGGGAGAGAAAGGAACCGAUGGAUUUGAAUCUAAAGAGUACGGCACACCGUCACGAUGUUAUGGCAGACAGGUCGUUGGUUGAAAACGAUGGGCAGCGUGGCAGACGCGGAGACGGUGGCUGAAGAACUAACGGAGAGCUGUAAAUGGCAAAUUGUACACCAGAAACGGAGGAAAACCUUCCGGGACUGCUUACACCGGAUGCGAGGCCUGUACGGGGCAACAGGUUGACCACCAAAUCCAGACAUCAACAAACCGAAAACAGUGAGACGUUAUUAAAGAAAGGAAGGAAGGAAAAUUAGGGUUUAACGUACCGUCGAUAACUACCUCAUUAGAGACAGAGCACAGGCUCGCACUGUUUCAAGGAUGGGGACGGAAAUCGGCCGUGCCCUUGCAAAGGAAGUAUCCCGGCCUUUGCAAAGAGCGAUUUGGGGGAUCACGGAGAACCUAAAUCAGGAUGGUCGGACACGGAUUUGAACCGUAAUCCUCCCAAACGCGAGAUCUAACCUCUGCGCGGCCUAGCUCGGUAAAUGUUUAUAUUACUGGGUUUCAUGCGUGGCUCUCAUAAAUAUUAGAGGCUUGAAUCGUCCGAUUUCACAUGGUAGUAUGGAUACCGCAGAAGACGCUGAGACCGCAUGCGUAUUUUAAAGUAUAUACACACGCACGUAUUCCCAACGUUUUUACAUAUUACGCACGGAAAAGUGAGAGGGGAUUUCACAAAAAACAGUAUUAUAAACGUAUGGCAGCCUACGACAGGUGAAGCACAGUGCGAAACCUUUCGUAUAUUUAUUGACGUAAAAACAGAACUCAUGGUGCUGCACGGACUUCAAGUCUGUCGAAAUGAAUGUCUCACGAAAAAAUUCGAAAUGUGUCUGCAUUCCCAAUAAAAUAAUCUAGAACUACUGACUGAAAAACUGAAAGUAAAUCUAUGCCACUUUUCCGUAACCUUACAAACAUUUUAAACACACAAAAUAAAAAUUAUGGAUGUGUUCCUGCUGACACACAGAUGCAAUUAACGUGAACCAUAUAUUUGGAAAAUAGAGUAACGUCUCUCCACUAACCUGUGUAUUCGAUACUUUGUGAGAUUGUUUUUCUGUCACUUUGCCAAAGCCUUGCGUAACUACUGACGCAAUUGUUGAAAACUCAGAGUUAGCUAUUUCGAAUUUGUAUUCGUGGAAACACACGUAUAACCAGCAAAAAUAAAAUGAUUGCAUGUCUUAGCCACUCGACGCCGUAUGCGAAUACUUGUAGUCCUGAGCUCGAAAUGUUUCGCCAGAAGAAAUAAAAAUAACGAUUUGUGACUGAACGCAGUUUGCUUUUUUACUUUACGAAAAUAAUACAGUCACGGAAGCAUCACUGGCAGCAAUGGAUAAAAUUAUUUGUUUUCGUUUCGAUAAUAGGAAUUGGAAGCUCUGAGACAAAGAAGUUCAUAUACAAAACAUCGUAUAAACUACCAAAUAUUCAACGUUCAGAGAAGAAAGGGUAAGUAUACGCAUUGAACCUUGGUAUUAACUUAUUAUUGAUAGAUUUUUGUUGUGUUGCAAUACGAAAUGUUUUAAGUUGCCAAGUCCCACUUGCAGAUAGAGUUUCAUCUAAUAGUUCGACGAAAAUCGUCAUCUGAUACGCUUCAACGGCUGUUUCUCGGCAUUCAAGAACUUUGUUUUUGCCGUGGGAUUGAUCAUGGUUCCAUCGUUCCUCUGGACACUGGCCUCGAAAACAAACUCGGCUUGAAGCAACUAAAGACACAGCAUUACCAAACAUUUUGUAUGAAAUAUAAUAUCAAGCAGGUGUGUGAUAGCGAAAUGCUUCUUGGAACAUCUGCGGACUUAAAUACUCACCUGGUUGAGAAAGUUUGUGUGCUGAGAGACGUAGGAAUGAUAUAUUGAAAUAGAUAGACUAUUCCUACUACGUUGACUAGCAGGGUGGCUAAAUAUUAUACUUUGACAAGAGACUUUUGAAGAAGUAGACGAUUUUCGGUAUCUCCGAAGGAGAAAGGAUAAAAAAAGAAAAUGCGAGAAAUACGAAUGCGUACUAGGCGAAGAAAGGUGUGGGAAGUAAGGUCCCGGAACCUUAUAUUCUUCAAGAAAAUGCGGCGGACUCUCUUCGUGAACGUUGUACGAAAUCCUUUCCUCCGCCAAGCGAGUUGGUUCACGCUGUUAUGAAGAACUUGCUGAACCGCGAAGAGGCUUGGAUUCCUGACCAGGAUGACGAUGUCCCUCAUUAUAUCUAGUCUGGUAACUUCUUGUUCUAUUUUGUUCCUUAAAAAACUCUUCAUUUUCGUCUACUUGUUCCAUAUGUACAAAGUUUAAUAAACUAUAAAUA